UGAAGUAAUGGUAAAAUCGUACGACAUAAGGCAACCGCAUUCAGCGGUCCCGCGAGCUGCAAGUGCUUCAAAGGUCAGAGAAGUGUGUUGUGACAGCUGAAAGUGUCAGCGAAUUAUGGAACCCUUGAAAACUAGGUCACUGGUGUUUUUUGAUCUCGAGACGAAUGGAUUGGACAUCCCCACUGCCGAAAUCAUCCAAGUAGCAGCUAAAUGCGGCGAGAAUACUCUCAACAAACAUAUAAUCCCCGCGAAUUCAAUCCCAGCGGAAGUGACAGCGAUCACUGGACUAUCCGUCAUCGACGGAGUCAUGUACGACCGAUCUCGGAAUGCCGUAGAGACGGUGACGAAGGAGAAAGCCAUGACGAGUUUCAUCGAAUUUUUGUCUAGUCUCGGGGGCAAGGCUCUCCUGAUCGCUCACAACGCUCACAAUUUUGAUGCUCCCAUCAUCAGCCGGACGAUGCAUGAAGUCGGUCUACUUCAUGACUUCAUAACUGUCGUAUUGGGAUUUUCUGACACUCUCCCAAUGUUCAGGUAUGACUUACCGGAGAGACCGUACAGGUGCAAAAAUUACAAAUUACCGGCACUCGCUCAAGAUCUUCUGGGCUUUCGAGAUCCACUUCAUGACGCCAUGGCGGACAUCGAAGUAUUGGAGAGACUGACUCAGCAUGAAAGGGUCAAUGCUGACGUAAAGAAAUUCAUGACUUAUGGCCGAAGUAUUCAGAGCAUUCUGAAUAAUUUGUAAUUAUUUUUUUUAUAUUUUGAUAUUUUGUGCGAGCAAUAUUUGUUGAUACUGUUUUUUAGAGUGAGAGAUUUUUUUAUUGUUUAUGGUAAUUUUAUCCCAUGAGGACAUUUAUGAUCAAUUUUAUACAGAAGUAUAAAAUUGUAAGGGACAUGUUACAAUUAUUUGUUUUUUUGUGCGCAUGCAAUAUUUUGGUUGAAUU